AUGGACCAUAGGAGAUUUCAUUCUCUAGGGCUCCUUGACCACACCACAGGCCACCACAGUCUCUUUGGGGUUGUCCUAGCAGCUAUGAUCCCCUCCCUCCUUGGCAAUGGCCUCAUGGUGCUCCUGAUUCACCAGGACCCCCGGCUGCACACACCCAUGUACUUCCUGCUGAGCCACCUCUCCCGCAUGGACACUGUGCUCAUCUCCACCAUCGUGCCCAAGAUGGUGUCUGCCUACUUGACAGGAAGAAAGUCCAUCUCCCCAGUGGGCUGUGGGCUACAGAUCUUCUUCCAGACAACUGGGGGUGCAGAGUGCUUCCUUCUAGCUGCCAUGUCCUGUGAUCGCUAUGUGGCUGUGUGCCACCCGCUGCGGUAUGCCACCCUCAUGAGCUGGCCCUUGUGUCUGAGAAUGGCUUUGGAGUCCUGGCUCCUGGGGGCAGCUGAUGGAGUCAUGCAGGCUGCUGUUUUCCUGAGCUUCCCCUUCUGCAACGGACACGAGAUUGACCAUUUCUUCUGUGAGGCCCCCACACUGGUGCGCUUGGCCUGCAGUGACACCUCUGCCUUUGAGUAUGUCAUGUACAUCUGCUGCGUGCUGAUGCUGCUCAUCCCCUUGUCCCUCAUCCUGACAUCCUCCGGCCUCCUCCUCACUGCUGUCCUGCAAAUGCACUCCACAGAAGCCCGCAAGAAGGCCUCUGCCACCUGCAUCUCCCAUUUGUCUGUGGGGGUGCUGUAUUAUGGUGCUGCCAUCGUCAUCUACAUGAGACCCAAAUCCUGCAGAUUAGCUAAACAUGGUAAGGUGGUGUCUGCCUUCUACACCAUCUUCACCCCUAUGAUGAACCCUGUGAUCUAUAGUAUGAGGAACAGGGAGGUCAAGGGCCUGGGGAAGUGUCUGAGCCGGUGUGCCUGUGCUGCCUUAAUGGGACUGAUAGUGUAUUUAUUUGUUUAA